AUGGCUAAUCCUGUUUCAAGGCAAUGCGUAGAUAUCCGUCCUCAUGUUCCUCUAGAGAAACGUUUCUGGAUUUUGGGAAUUGCGACACGAUCUGUGGACGAAGUCGUUUUGAGUUACAAAGUCGUUCUGUUAAAAAACUUUACUUUCUUGAUAUAUUCAUCUGAGACCGGCUUGUGGAGUCUCGAAGCUGCCCAUUUUCCUUUCAGUUACAUCUCUCAGGAAUUUAACAAUCCCAUUAGCUUGAACGGAAAUCUUCACUGGCUCGCCGACAAUCAAGAACAUCAAGAUUUUCUUGUAUCGUUCGAUUUCUACGCCACGGGUUCUCAACGAUGCCGUGCUAUGCCUUUCCCUGAUUUAGAUAAAGUACCCAAGUUCAGAAGAGCUUGCACAACUUCUCAAGGAUCUCUCAUGUACAUGAACGUAGUCCCUGUGACCAACAUUGAUGGAAGUCUAGAGAAUAAGAUAUGUGUAUGGAGGCUAAAGAACGAGGGAUGGCAACUAGUAUCUGAAAUCUCCUCGGGUUUUAUUAAGACAGGUUUUUCUUAUAUUCCGUUGGGAUCCUUUGAUGCUAAAACAGUGUACUUUUGGGAGGGGAACGCGAGGGGCCAACGUUUUUUAUCUAUCAAUUUAGAUAAUGGAAAUAUUGUGAUCCACAAAGAGUUGGAGCGUAGCAGCGAUGGUCGCAUUCUAAGUUCCGUUGGAUGCCCGAGAGAUUUAGAUUACAUCUUAGAAGCACAUUUUUCUUCGUACUUUCUCCCUCGGUGGCUGUAUCCGUUCCCAAAUACGGUGAUAAGAGUUUAG